AUGGCGAACAUCACGCACAAGGAUGAAACUGUUGCGCUCCAGCAAGUUCCACUGCUCCCUGAGCCUCCUCCAGAAAUAUCCGUUCCCCAGAAUGAUAAGGUCCAUACUGAGGAACAGUCUUCCAACAAAGAUCAAGCUGAAACCCCUGCCACUGGCCCACCAGGAUACGGCAGGUUCGUUGACGUUGAAUCAAGCGACGUUGUCAUCGGAACUAUCGGCACUAACGUGGCAGGAGGUCUUUGGCAAAAGGUCAAGUCGAAUAGAUGCCAUGUAUCAGCAAUCGGGCCUACCGAUUUUGCCGGCAUCGCGUUGCUCCUGGAUAAACUAUCCCAUGCCUCAUAA